AUACUCGACAACGCUUUCGCUAACGAUCGAGCUAUCCACUGCCUCUCCCGCGAGUUUGAAUUCAACGCCUUACACCGUCGUCUCCGCUGUGCUCCUCAUUCACUCAAUCUUGUUGGCCAGACAAUUAUACAAGGUUUUGAUUUGGACGCCUGCAACAAU